AUGACCCAACACUCCGGGCCCAGCCGAGCCCCGCGCCGGGAGGCGCAGGAGGGGGAAGUUCAGGAGGAGAAGCAGCAAGCCUCCAGUGCCCAGAGCAGGCCGCCGGGCCGAGCAGGGCGGCGGGUCUCUCGGGAGCUGCGCCCGGAACUCCAAGGCUCCGGGGGACGUCCCUGGCCGACCCGGCGGCGAACCCUUCUCAAGGGCAAGGGGGGCCCGCCGCGGGCUCCGGCUCCGGCAAGCCGGGCCCCGCCGCGGGCAGGGCCGAGGGACGGGAACAAAGGGGCUAAGCGGGUAAGCCCGCAGCAGCCCGGCCGACCUCAACUGGAGCUGGGGUCUCGCUCCCGGGACUCCGCCGGGCAUCCCGGAUCCCGGCCCCCAGGCUGGCCCUUCCGACCGCGUAAGGCACUCCCGCCUCCCUAUCCUUUAAGCUCUUACCCGGGCUUGUCGUCCCAAACCGCUCCCGUCCAGCUCCAAGCAGGCCGCGGGCAGAGCCAGGCCCGGCCGCGGCCCUCGAGUUACCAGGAAGCCGCAGGCCGCGCAGGUCGAGCCGGGCAAGCGGCACAGGAAAAGCCGCGCCUCGUCCCUCCCCUUCCUCCGUGGGGACCUGGUGACAGGGAAGCGAGAGGUUCCCCCGACCGGCUGCAACCAGCGCACGUCCGGUCCCCGGCACGCGGAUCCUCAGGCCUGAAGCUCAGAGGCUCGCGCGGUGCUGCCGGCGGGGGGAGGCCGCGUCCAUCGCGAUCCCGGAGGGGUAAGGGAGGAGGGUCGAACGAGAGCGGGGCGGGGAAGCUGCGGAGGGCAGCCGAGCUCGGCGAAGGCGGAGCAAAUCGACUCUCCCGGCAGCGGCCCCGCAGGCCGCCACGUGGGGCGCUGCGGAGACCUGUCGGCCCGCGGCGCAGCAGCGCCAACCUGGGGCGCCGGGCGACCGGACGCGUGGCUGCCACUACCGGGACGGUCUGGCCCCGCGGGCCUCGGACUCCCUUAUCAGGAGUCGCUUUUCGGUCCUAUGCCUUGGCGCCUUUACGCUUCGCUGGCAAUGCGAGCACGCUCUCAGCACCCCAGCACACUGGUGCACGCACGCUCAGCUUGUUUUGCACCGUGCCUACACACUUAGCGUGCUCCUGCUGUUAGGCCCCCACGCUGCACGUCAUAGCGGUGGCCCAACCUGUCCUUGCCUAGUCUCCGGCCCGGCGGCCCGCACUCCGACGCGAACUCCCCUCCUCCCCGCCCAGCAGCCCUACUCGCGCGCGGAAGUGCGUCGCAGGAGGAAAAGCACCCUCCCCCCAACCCGGUGUCCUGGGAGGCGAACCCCCUGCAGUUCACGAGAAAGAAAACCUUUCACCAUAACCCUGAGAAGAAAGUAUUUUCAAGUAUUAUCUCCAUCCCACUGAUAAGAGAACUGAGCUGCAAAAAGCGUGAAUUCAGGCUCAGUGGCGUCCCGGCUUUUCUGUGGACAUAAGCUUUCAACUCAUUCGAGUAAAUACCAAGGAGCGUGAUUUCUAGAUCAUAUGGAGAGAGGCAGAGAGAGA